AUGUCCCCAUCAGUCCUUCAUUUCCUUGCUGCAAUUGGGACCUACUUCAAAGCGAACAGGAUGUACCGCGUUUACAAAGGAGUGUCGAACAAGCGAGUGAUUGGGAAUAUCUUCAAGAAAGCGCCGCAAAAUCGUGAAGUGGGUGCGCUCGUAGUGGGAAAAGGCAGGCUGAUCUUGUUCGUACAAUGCCGUAGAACAACUCCCGGGCAUCAGGAUUUGCGAAUGUAUAGAGCUUGUACGAUGUGCCGCUUGUGAUGGCUCAAAUUCUUAAGGCUUUACUUGCUAUGGUGGACUGCCUCCCCUUGAAGGAAGUUUGACGAGAGUAUGACAUGUGUUACCCAGACCGGGCC